AUGCAUGAGUUACCAGUGUACGAUGAGUUAGAAGUCGAUCAUCCAUCUGUUUUUGAUAUUCAUACUCAUGGCCUUAUCGAUGUUCAACCACCAACACUUGAUUUUUCAUCAUCAUUACAAAAUGAAAAUACAAAACCGGUUAUUAAUAAUUUCCUGAUGCCAAUCGACGGUCCGGUUUCCGAUUUAAGUAUACUAAAAUUAUAUUUAUUACGUGAUGUAUUUGAAAGAAAAAUGGAUGCUCGACGGAACGGUACAUUGGCGAUAUUUAUUAUAUGCAAAUUUAAUCCAUGUAAAUGUUCAUCAAUGCCAUGCCAUAAUACUGUGCCAUAG